CAUCGGCAUACCACAUCGACAAAUAGCCUGCGAAACCAUCAUGUCCCAAAGCUAUCCUGUCAUUGCCAUGCUAGCUAAGCUUAUAUGAAAAGGCAAGGUACAGUGGUGAGAUUCGGAUGUGGGAGCCAGCGAGAAGGAAUCACACCGUACGAGUAUAGCCAGUAUCUGAAAUUACACUUGGGUAUCAGAGGUUAUCCGUCAGAUUGUUGCAGAUUUGCAGUACUACCACUCCAAGCCGCUCAGGAGGUGCGGAGUUUGAAAUCUCUGCAAGAGCAAAAGUUUCCGUAGCUGUAUAAUUCGGAGGAAAACCCGGUAGCGCUCUGCAAGUUACGCUGGUGGAAUUUGACGCAUGAGCUCGGAACUGAACGCUCAGCUGCAGCGGAGCUUGAAAGGGCGAUCAAAGACUGGAAAGCUAUGAAGCUUUUUCACUUCAUAUCGUUUUUGUCGUGUUUGGCGGCAUGUAUUCCUCUCUCAGGAGCUGGGACUAUAGGCGUAAAUUAUGGCGUGCUAGGAAAUAAUCUGCCGACGCCUGCUGCUACCACUAAACUCAUUCUGUCCACAACUAUUCGUAAUGUCAAGCUGUACAAUACCGAUCCUGCGACACUGCAGUCGUUCGCUAACACUGGCAUCAAGGUAAUUGUCUCCGCCGGGAAUGACAAUAUCCCCCUGCUCGCAAGCUCCCUUGCUUCCUCGCAAUCCUGGGUUCAGACCAAUGUUGCAGCGUACAUGCCAGCCACGCAGAUAAUAGCCAUUGCGCUGGGAAACGAGGUCCUGAUGACCAACCCCGAGCUUGCGGGCCAACUUGUGACUGCGCUAGUCAAUGUGCAUACAUCACUGGUGAAUCUGAAGCUCGACGCCACAGUGAAAGUGUCAAGCCCACAAUCCCUCGGAGUUUUGUCAAAGAGUUACCCGCCCUCUCAGGGAGUUUUCAAGGAAAACUUCACCUCAACGUUCAAGGACCUGCUCAGCUUCCACCAGCAGACGAUGUCACCAUUGAUGGUGAAUGCAUACCCAUACUUCGCAUACACCGCUACUCCUAACAAUGUCUCCGUGAACUACGCCUUAUUCCAAACCAACGCAGGUGUAACUGAUCUGAACACGGGACUGCAUUAUGGCAACAUCCUCGACGCGCAGCUUGACGCUGUGUACUCGGCCAUGGCAAGUCUCGGAUACACCGAUGUAAACCUUUUGGUGUCCGAAACCGGGUGGCCAUCUGGAGGAGGUCCUGAUGAAAUUGGGGCUAGCGUCCCUUUCGCACAAUUGUACAACGAAAACCUUAUACAGCACAUCACUUUGAACACCGGCACACCGUUGAGACCUAAUGCCUCUAUUGACACUUACAUUUUUGCCCUAUACAACGAGAACUUGAAACCUGGAGCAGUUUCAGAGCGAUUCUAUGGAUUGUUCAACGUAGAUCAGAGCCCGGUGUACAAUGUGGGGCUGACGGGAGGCUCGACACGGAACCCACCUCCGGCGGCCCCUUCGCCCGUCGGAGGCGUGGCUUCUCCACCUCUGCAAACACCAAGCAUGCCCCUUCCUCCCAACUCUCAGCCUUUGCCUCCUUUAGCGUCUGCCCCGCCUCCCCUAUCUGUCCCCAGCUCUCCUGCACCUCCUGCGGCACCAAGCACUAGCCCCCAAGGGAAGACUUGGUGUGUAGCAAAGGCAGGAGCUCCAGAGCAGGACAUGCUGAAUGCACUCAACUACGCAUGUGGCGUGGGAACAACGGACUGCUCCGCCAUACAGCCCGGUGCCAUGUGUUACUUUCCCAACACUUUAGUAGCACAUGCGUCCUUUGCCUUCAACGAGUAUUAUCACAAAUUUGGAGCCAACUAUUACAAUUGCUACUUCAACGGCACCGCCAUCAUCAGUAACAGCGAUCCAAGCUACGCAGGGUGUACCUUCGCCUGAGGAUUAACAGAAGUUCGGAGCUCAAAACCAUGGUUUCAAAUCUUAGAAGUUAUAUUUUAGGAUGCAGAAAGAAGUGAGAUUGAAGAAGAGUGACAGAUUUUUUGCCAGGGGGGCAACUUGCGAAUGAGAAACCACUAAGAUAAAUUCUUCGUAGCAUUACAGCAAAUAGGCUGCGGAGUCUGCAACUCUUAGUGAAGUGUUAUUGCUUCCAUAGCCAAGAGGAGGAAUUCCAAUUCUUCCACACAACUACAGACCUCGCGGGAGACCAUCAAUUUGGUGGAAAAUACGGUACUCCUGACCAGGUCAUUUUUGCCCAGUUAGUACUUUUAGUACUCUUGUUAAGUGCAUAAUACUAUUGCAGUAAAACUUUCCGACUCCAUUGUAUAGUC